CGCGCCCACCGACUGUGGUUCCGGUGGGGUCGAUCACCACCGCGUAGUGUAUGCGUGCCUUUACACACUUACAUUCCGAACUUUACUCGCGUGCAUAGUGAACGCUUCGCGCCAAAUUUCUCGUUCGAAAUUUGAAUUUUGAAGUUCUUUUUUUCGUAAAUAGAGACUGGAUUAGUUUGGAAAUUAAAAUAAGAAAUCGACUAAUUGUUACGUGCCUGUGAAGUGACUUAUUGUUUUUUAUUAUGCAAGGCAAAACAAUUAUUGUGUGUAGAUAUUUGGCAGUAGUUAAGUAAUUACGUACGAUGAGUGUGGUUUAUUAGGAUUAUAAUUAUUGUGCAAUGCUUGGUGAACUAUAAAAAAUCAAAAUGAAGCUGCGAUGGAACUUUUUAGUACAUUUAUUUGUUUUAUUUGUAUUUGCGACGUGUGUCGAUGCCGUACAGAGGUUUAUCGAGAUGCCAACGUAUACUGAAGUGAAUCCGGGAGAAGAUGCCUUGCUCAAAUGUAGGAUAUCUGACAAGAAGGGCGUUUGUUCGUGGCAGAAAGAUAAUAAGCCGGUGGGCAUUUACCGGGGGAAGUACGAGUGGGCGAAUGAGAACAGUCCAGUUGGGGGAGACUGCUCUCUAUGGGUGCGUGCUGCAACACUGCAACUAGACGAUGGACAGUGGCAGUGCCAAGUCACCGCCAGCAACUACGAUGUGCAGGAUGCCCUAUCAAGUCCCCCAGCUGCAUUAGCAGUGCGGGUACCUCCACAAUCUCCUCGGAUUCUCUUCAAUGGGUCCCACGUGAUGCCAGGACAGAACAUCACCGUCCCAGCUGGGAAUAGAGCCACGGUAGUCUGCGAGGCCAGAUAUGGCAACCCUCCGGCUUAUAUCGAGUGGUAUUUGGAAAAAGAACGCCUGACAGCAUGGUCACAGACCAAUGCUUCAGAAGUGGAAAGGCCACGGGUUUGGGCAGCUCGCUCCGUUUUAGAACUUGGAGCCACCAGGUCAGCCCAUGGCCGACAGCUGGCCUGCAGAGCUCAUCACCCUUCGUACCCCUCGCCGUAUUACAGGGAUUCUUAUACGAUGCUGGAUGUUACAUUCGUUCCAGUAGUUUCCAUAAUUGGAGGAGACGCAAGUACCCUGGCCAACUUAGAAGAGGGUUCCAGUGCUCUCACCCUAGAGUGCCGAGCUGAUGGCAACCCCAGUCCUUACGUAUGGUGGACUAAGAACGGACAAGUCAUCGCUACCAAUGGAGCGAAGCUGAUCCUAGCUCCAGUAUCUAGGAACCAUUCUGGUAUUUACGGCUGUCAAGCAAGGAAUUCUUUAGGGACAUCAGACUCGGUGAAGAUUGAAAUUGAUAUAAAGUAUCCUCCACGAGUGACCUGGGUGGGACCUGAUACCGUGGUCGAAGCGAACCUCUUCUCUCAAGUUACGUUAGAAUGCAAAGCUGAAGGCAAUCCCCCGCCCUCUUACACCUGGUACCACAACCCAGCGUCAUCAGCCCGUAUCAACUCACUUCAAGACGGCGCGUACCCGAUCUCGGUGACCCCUCAACUGCAGCUACAUAAUGUGUCAUACGACCAGCAUGGACGGUACACCUGUGUCGCUACCAAUCAGAUUGGAUUGGAAGAUAGAUCUCAGCAAUCAGAAGCAGUAACCCUGAACGUGCUAGGCCCACCAGUGGGCGCCCAAUCCGGUGCUGCCCACGCGUGGAGCGGCGGCGAGGCGCGCGUGUGGGCCGCCGUGUGCGCCGACCCGCCGCCGCGCCGCGCCGCCUGGCUGUGGGGCAGUCUGCGCCUCGACGUGCCCAGUCAGAUCGGUCGCUACCGCACUUUAGAGCCAGCGAUGGACGGCGGCUGCUACCGCUACACUCUCCUCAUCUCCAACACGGGCAUGUCGGACGCGAGAGUCUACGUGCUGCACGUAGAGAAUGAGAGGGGAUUCUCUUCUCAUGCCGUCACUCUUACUGUGCAUGAUAAUUUUUCGCUAACAGAGACUGCGCACGUGGCGCCUCUGAUUGCGGCGGCACUCGUCAUCGCCGCGUUACUCGUCAUCGUGCUGUGUUUGAUACUGCGAUGUAGGAGACGGAGAGAAACUGUGGAAUAUAAGACUGAAGAUUUAGAUAGCGAAAAGGCAGCGUUACCAGCGGACGCGGUGUACACGCCGCGCGAGGCGCCGCGCGCCGCCACAGGGUCCGUGCUGGGCACUACGGGUCCCCCGGCAGGGGCCGGCACAGGCGCGCGCUACUCGCCGGGCGCGCUGCAGGUGCGGCGCGCGGCCGUGGUGCUGCAGCCCCCCACCACCGUGUGACCAUCGCGCACAGGCAGCUUUAACGUCGCUGGAGAGAGAAGCCAAAGAGAAUGUAUAUGCGGUAUUAGAUCCGCACAUUCAGUACGAAAUAACGAUAAAUAAGCACGGAGAGCCGCCUAAAUACUUAUCCUUAUCGAAGCCGCUAACUCACCA